UUCCGCAGCUGCACCGCCAGGCGGAAGGAUUCGAGGAAAAUGGCGGACGGUGUGGAUCACAUCGACAUUUACGCCGACGUAGAGGAGGAAUUUAGCCAGGAACCAGAGUAUCCACCUCACGAGCAGAUUGAUUUAUACGAUGAUGUAAUAUCCCCCACGGCCAACAAUGGAGAUGCCCCUGAAGACCGUGACUACCUGGACUCGCUCCCUGCCCCAGGAAACACGGAAGGUGGGAAGAGUACCCCGUCUAAUGCUGCAUACUCCUACACAGGCAAACGGAUUGCCCUAUACAUAGGAAACCUGACAUGGUGGACGACAGAUGAAGAUCUGACAGAAGCUAUUCGGUCAAUAGGCAUUUCAGAUCUACUAGAGAUUAAAUUCUUUGAGAACCGAGCCAAUGGCCAGUCUAAAGGGUUUGCUCUGGUGUCUGUUGGAUCGGAUGCAUCUUCUAGAAAGUUAAUGGACCUGUUGUCUAAGAGGGAGCUCCAUGGACAGAAUCCCAUUGUCACACCAUGCAACAAACAAUCUUUGAGUCAGUUUGAGAUGCAGUCACGAAAAAUGGAGGAAUUCCCAGUGCACAACAGCAAAUGGGAUAGGCUAUUAGAAGCACGUGAGUUUCUUAUUUUCUCCCAUCACACAGGUAACCAGUCAGGCCAGAUGUCUGGAGAAGGCAAAGCUGGGCCGCCUGGUUCAGGCUCCCGCAGCGGAUUCCCGAUGGGCAGCCGCAGCAAAGGCAGGUUCCCUGGACCUCCUGGUCCUGGAAAUGACCGGUUCCCUGGCCCUGUGGGGCCUGGAGGCCCGCCACCGCACUUUCCAGGCUCGGGAAUGAGACCAGAUCUGGUUAGCCACCAUGAUGGCCCUCUGAUGGAAAUGAAUUUCAAUCCCUUCCCGCCGGGGGGCAGGAACGGGAGCUGGCAUAGCAGAGGUGGGCUUCAGGGUCCCCCUCGUCCUCCUCCUGGCCCGCCUGGGCCUCCAGGGCCUCCAGGUCCUCCACCUCCUGGCCAAGGCCUUCCUCCUCCUCUCCCAGGUCCUCCAAGUCGUGGUGACAGACCUCCUCCCCCUGUUCUGUUUCCUGGUCAGUUUGGUCAGCCACCGCUUGGACCCCUCCCCCCAGGCCCCCCUCCUGCAGGAUACGUUCCACCUCCUGGACCUCCACCACCUCAUCAGGGCCCGCCUCCUCCAGGACCCUUUCCUCCUCGACCUCCGGGCCCUAUUGGACCCCCGAUGGCUUUGGCCCCACCCCCACAUUUGCCAGGCCCCCCUCCAGGUGGGCCACCACCAGCACCUCAUGUGAACCCCGCCUUCUUCCCUCCACCUGGAGGGAACAGCAUGCCCCCCAAUGACAGUAGAGGCCCCCCUGGUUCAAACGACCCGUAUGGACGGCCGCCACCGUAUGACUCCAGAGAUUAUGGUCCUGGACGAGGAGACAUGGAGUCAUCAAGGGGCCCUUUGAACGAGGCAGAGUUUGAGGAGAUCAUGAACAGGAACAGAGCCAUCUCCUCCAGCGCCAUAUCCCGGGCUGUAUCUGACGCCAGUGCAGCUGAUUAUGGCAGUGCUAUAGAGACUUUGGUGACAGCCAUCAGCCUGAUUAAGCAGUCCAAAGUUUCUGCUGACGAUCGAUGCAAGGUCCUCAUCAGCUCUCUGCAGGACUGUCUCCAUGGUAUAGAGUCAAAGAGCUACGGCUCUGUGUCAAGACGAGAACGCUCCAGAGAACGAGACCACAGCCGCUCCAGAGAAAAGAGCCGGCGACACAAAUCCCGCAGUCGAGACAGGCACGAGGAUUAUUACAGAGAGCGCAGCCGGGAGCGUGACCGCCACCGCGAGAGGGACCGGGACAGAGACCGUGAAAGGGAGAGAGAGAGGGAGUACCGGCACCGCUAGCUAACAACACAGCUCACCAAGGAUGGAAGGAAGGAAAAGGAGGAACGCUCUCCGUGCACCAUCACGCCGCCUCACCCUGCAUGACCGGACAGGACUUCAACUACCAACUCUUCCUGCAUCCCUUCCAUGUUUCCUCCCUCCUCCUCUCUCCGUUGUCUGCCUGACUAACAGUGGAUGGAGGACCCUCACCUAUGUAAGGCUUUGUUGUCCAAAUGUCUAUAUUCGUAACUAAAGAUGAAAGCAAAACUUUCCAAACCAUUCUUUUAUUUUUGUUUUACUCGACAUAAAGGCUAGUAUGUGUGAUACUUUUUUUGCAAAGAAACAACAAAAUGGCUCCGCGAUCCUAUGAUAGAAGACAAAUAUUAAGUUUUUUUUUUUUUAUUUGGCUCGCUGUACUUUGUAAAUUCAGUAUAGACAAGUUUUUAUAGGGUUCGUGUUUGAUGUUCUCUCUCUUUCUCUCUCUCUCAUAUUCUCACUUCUUUGUAAAUGUCUGAUUUUCGAUUAAACUAGAUGGUGUUGUAAUAAAAAAUGUUUGCUGAGGUCCA